UGCCCUGGCCGGGAAGCGCAGCGCAGCGCAGCGGGGCUUCCGGGCGAAGAAGGCGGGGAGAGGAAGAGGCGCGCCCGGUGGCUCCGCCUCCCAACCUCGCCUCGCCUCGUGGCGUCUUUCUUUUUCCAGCCCGCGCCGAGGACAGGAAGGGCGGCCUGCGCAGAUUGAAGGCACAUUGACAUGGCUUUCAAAUGCAAGGUGCAAACUUUGCAGGUGGUGGAUACCGAAUAUCAUGCAGAUACAGUAGAAUGGUGCCCGGUGGAAGGCUGGCACAACAUCCUGGCGUGUGGCACCUACCAGUUUAAAGAAAGGGAGAGUGAGCCUGACCAGGACAGCGAAGCCCCCGUGCGUCUAGGACGUCUCUACCUCUAUUCCUUUGAAGAUCAAAUUUUCACACCUCUGACGGAGAUCCAGAGGACGGAAACAGGGGCUAUAUUGGACCUUAAAUGGUGCCCUGUUCCCAUCUCAGGGCAUCCUGUGUUAAGCAUGGCAGAUGCCAGUGGAGCAGUGAAGCUUUUCCGCAUGACGGGAAGCAAGAAGACCUGCAGGCUUCAACCUCUGUGCAGUGUUGACCUGGGAGAUGAUUGCCUUCCUCUGUCACUGGACUGGUCCACGGGACGAGAGCCGUGCAGCCAGCCCUUGCAGCUGGUCAGCAGCGAUUCCAAAGGGAGGGUGAGUUUGCUGUCGAUGGGUGAAUCCAGUUCCUCGCUGCAUGUCUUGGACCAGUGGGAGGGACAUGCUUUUGAAGCCUGGAUCGCUGCCUUUGACCGCUGGAACACACAUGUUGUGUACUCAGGUGGAGAUGAUGCCAAACUGCGCGGCUGGGAUACUCGGAGCAGCUCAAGAAUCCCUCUCUUCACCAGUGAGCGGCAUCUUUUGGGGGUCUGCAGUAUUCAGAGUCACCCACUGCGGGAAAAUCUGCUAGCCACGGGAAGCUAUGAUGAACACGUGCUCCUGUGGGACACCAGGAAGAUGCAGCAGCCCCUGGCCGACACCAGUGUUCACGGUGGCGUCUGGCGCUUAAAGUGGCACCCCUCCCAGGCCCACUGGCUGCUGGCCGCCUGCGUGGACAACGGCUUUGUAAUCCUCAAUUGUCGGAGCGGUUUAGAAGAGAACCAAGACGAAUGCACAAUCCUUUCAUCUUAUGGCUUGCACAAUUCCUUGGCUUAUGGCGCCGAUUGGUCCCGAUUUCUCCCGAGCAGUUCUUUGGAGACGUCGGCAACAGUCCCGGCAGUUCAGGCGGACCAAGGAGCCAGCGGAGGAGACCUGAAAGUGCAGAAUCUCAAGAUGGUUUACGAAUCCCCCACGGCCACCUUUUACGUGGUGUUAGAGGAGGAGGACCACCCUUCCGCCUCUCCAUCCCCAGCAGAGGGUCUUGCGGACCUGCAGGGGUCUUCCGGUGACGGAAAAGCUCCAGAUGCCAAAGCGAAGGGUGACAUUGAAGCAGCCAAAGCCCAAAGGGAAACUAGCCUCUUAGCGACGUGCUCCUUUUUUGACAACGUUCUACACGUCUGGAAGUGGGAGGUCAGUCAGAGUUCCCCUCUGGACUAAACCCAGAGUGUGUGUGGAUGGUGUAAUAUAUUUUGCUGUAAUAUAUUUUGCCCUCCCCCCCCCUUCUACCAGCAGGGGGAGCAACACAUUGAAGGGAUGACUUUGGAUAGAAUAUUUAUAGCUCUGGGUUGAACUGUGGGGUCCUUCGUGCUCUCUGAACUUUGUUGUUUUCUUGCACACGUUUCAUUACCAAACUAGGUAACAUUAUCAGCGAGUGCAGUCUGCAGCGUGAAGGACUGUAGGGUACUAUGAGCUGGAUUGCCUUCUUGCAGACAUUUUAUGACUGAACUAGGUAACAUCAGUGCUAGUGAGUGUAGUGUUUGCUCUGUUUAUAUACAGGAGCUUCUCCUUUCAGUCUUAGUGGAGUUGUGGUUUUCUCCUUGGAAGUUCUUGAGUAGGGCAUUGUUUUCUCCUUGAUUAUCGAUCUGGUGCUUCUUUGGAUAUUGGAUGCCGGGUGCAAGACAAGCUACUGAAUAUAAACAAGAAGCUCAUUUGGUUCCUCAGUUAUCUAGUUUGGUAAUGAAACAUCUGCAAAAAAACUCAUCAAGCGCAGUGAGCACCAAGGACCCACAGUUCAAUCUUGAGCUACCAAUAUUCUCUUCUAUGGGUAUGAUGUUUUAUGUUACUGCUGUUAGCUGUGAGUUUUGAAGACUCUGCUAUGUUGCUUGUUUGGUUCUUUCCAACAGCUUUUUUUUUUGUGCUGCAAAAAUAAGAUUGUUUGGGUUCCCUAAUAUCCUGUUAAUUCCACUUUCCCCCUAAGAUUUGAUUGUUGCAACGUUCUCAAACACCAGCUUCAACAUGGGAAUGCCAUUUAGCUCAAGGUUGAUUCCAAAUAAAUAGGGAAACUGAAGUCCUAUUGAAGCUUGGGAAAGAGUUGAAAUUAAAAAUGGCAACCAAUGAUAAUAACAAAAAUGCUUUCUUGAAGUCCAAGCACAAGUUUUGUUGUGCUAGACUGCCCUCGUCAAAGGGCAUGUUUAUGAUACAAAUAAUGACAUUUUCAUACAAACAUGUUCAUUGGCAUUGCAAAGAGCACCUUUCAACUGAAAUAUAUUUUUGAUCUUUUUUACAAUAAAAUGUUGUCUUGUAA